AUGGAGACGCGUAGAGGAUUCUUCACCAAAUUAGGGUUUUUCUGCACAACUGCAGUAACAUUGUUUAUUAUUGGUAAGAGACAUAUCGCUCGUCAUAAAGAUGAAAGACAUCGAGUUGAAACUGACGCUAGAAUUGAUUCUGAGGAUAAUGAAUUCGGAAUAUUGGCUAAAAGACCAGGGUUCCCUACAAACAAUCCAACCUUGGAUUAUACAGCAGGUGAUAGAAAAUCAAAAUUCGAAGGUGGUGGCAAUGCUUACGCUUCUAGAAGACCUGGGGACAGAUUAUCGGUGUAUACUUGGGUUAAAAUGAAAUAUUUCUCUGAUGAAGAAGAAGAAUCAAAGUAUUAUACUCCUUCAAGACUGGAUAAAGUUAUCAAAUAA